AUGGCUAAAUCUGAAGUAAAUAUACCGUACUCGAGUGUUAAUCAUAUCAAAGAUGGUAUUGUGGAUUUAGCUGCCGGUACAGUAGGUGGUGUUGUAAAUGUAGCUGUUGGACAACCAUUAGAUACUGUGAAAGUUAAAAUGCAAACAUUUCCAACUUUUUAUCCAAAAGGUAUACGAUGCUUUGAAUCAAUUUUACGACUAGAUGGUAUUCGAGGAUUAUAUGCAGGCACUUCACCAGCGUUAGUAGCAAAUAUCGCCGAAAAUGCCAUUCUUUUCACUGCUUACGGAUAUUGUAGAAAGGUGGUUGCAUUUUGUAUUGGACGAUCAAAAUUGGAAGAUAUGACACCAGUUGAAAAUGCUUUAUCCGGUUCAUUGGCAUCCGUUUUUGCAGCAAUGGCUAUUUGUCCGACGGAACUUGUCAAAUGCAAAUUGCAAGCCCAAAAAGAGGCUUUUCCCGGAAUACGGAGCACUCCAUUCUCAAUAUGUCGGAGUAUGUAUCGAACAUCUGGCAUAAGGGCUUUUUAUACUGGUUUGUUAUCAACUUUAUGUCGUGAAACGGUUGGAUAUUUCCUGUUUUUUGGUGCAUAUGAACUAUCGAGGUUUUAUUUAAUACCAGAAGGAAAAUCAAAAUCUGAAAUUGGUAUUUUACGAACAGCGUUGUCCGGAGGAAUUGGCGGUGUAGUGUUAUGGAGUGUUGUUUAUCCUGUGGAUGUGGUUAAAUCACGUAUGCAAGUUGCUGGCGCAGGAAGUUUCGUUGAUAUAUUUCGUAGUAUUGUCAAAAACGAAGGCAUACAAACACUGUACAGUGGAUUAACUAUUACAUUGAUUCGUGCAUUCUACGCAACCGGAUGCUUAUUUGUGGGUUAUGAAAACUCGAAGUUAUUAUUUAAAGCAUGGUUGUCGUGA